CUUCUCUCUUCCCUCUCCUUCCUGUCUCCUCGGCGGACCGCGGUGCUGGGAAGCGCGGGCAGAGGCGCGGGGAUGGAGCGGCCGCCGGCUCCCGGCCCGCCCGCCCGCUCCCGCCGCCCGCCGCCGCGUCCCCUCCCCGGCCGGCGGGAGGCGGCGGCUCUCCCAUGCCGCCCGCCUCGCCCCUUGCUCUGAAUUUCUGCCCGUCGGCCGAUCUGGGGAGAGACGGGGAGGGGGUACGUCCCCUCGCACUUUCCUCCCCCUCCACUUCUUUUUUUCCACCCCUUUUUGCCUUCCCUCCAUUACGCCCCCCCUCUUCCCCAGCCCGCUUCUCCUCCACCGGGACUGUUCGGCGGCCAUGCGGCCGGUCCUGGGCGAGCGGCUCUAACUCGCCACCUCGCCCGGAUGGCCCCCCGGAGCCGCGGGCGGAUGGAGCCGAGCUACGUCGUGGGUAUCUGCUGCCUGGUGCUGCUGGAGCCGGGCCGGGUGUGGAGCGGCGAGCCCAGCACCGGGGGGCCCGGGGAGAGCGGGAACAGCAGCCAGGCACCGCCGCCGGAGACCACGGCCCCCGCGCCCACCGGAGCGGCACCACCGGGGGGGGACCGCUGCCGUGGGUACUACGACGUGAUGGGGCAGUGGGACCCGCCGUUCAACUGCAACGCCGGCAUCUACCAGUACUGCUGCGGGACCUGCGGGUACCGCUUCUGCUGUCAGUUCAAGCCCAGGCGGCUGGACCAGAGUGGCUGCUCCAACUACGACACCCCCAACUGGGUCAACACGGGCCAGCCACCUGCCCGGGUGGACGAGACCCCCGAGGACCCCACUCGUGACAAGACCAACAUGAUCGUCUACAUCAUCUGUGGCGUGGUGGCCAUCAUGGUGCUGGUGGGCAUCUUCACCAAGCUGGGCCUGGAGAAGGCACAGGGUCCUCAGACAGAGAUGACCGUCUCCAGGACACUGACAGAUCUGCUGAAGCAGCCAGGCCAGAGCCCCUCUGAGAACAUGGACAGCCUCAUGGGGGGUGUGCAGGUCCCACUGGGCGAGGGGCUGGCCCGGGGGCCCCCCAGAAACAGCACAGACAAGCCGCCCUUGAACAAUGCGGUGGCCAUUGCUCCCUCACUGGGGCGGCCCCACAGCCACGGCAAGCGCCUGCCGCUGGCCAGCAGCCUGGCCCUGUCAGCCUCAGACUACACUUCCUACACCACCCUCAAGGUUGGAGAGAGCGCCUCCGAGGACUUCUACAGGCGAUUCGGGGGGCUGGAGACACCCCCCGCCAGCACACUGCCCUUCCCACCCACCGAGACACCAGUGCUGCCCAAGGGCUGCCCCCUGCCCAAGGCCAAGGGCCCCAAGCUGCCAGGGAGCCUGGUCUUCCCAGGGGGCUGGGAGGGGGCCCCCCAUCGCGGCCCCCACCGGCCGGGCCUGGCCACCCUGCGCCCCGAGGGGCCACCUGAGGCCUUCGGCCCCUCCACCCCACUGUACAGCCAGCACCCCCGGCACCUCGCCACCAACAGCAAGACUGAGGUCACCGUUUGACGACCAGCACUGCCAGGGGCUGGGGCUGCCCCCUCACCUGGGUGUUGCUGCCCUCGGGGGCAGCCCACUAGAGCAAAGCAUCGUAGGACCUGCGUAAACUGCGACGCUGGCCAGAGGGGGAGACGCGCCAUCCUUCCUCCCCUCCAGGGAUGGCGACUGCUGGCUGCACUUCACCAUCGAGGAGGCAUUGGGGUCUCAUCCAGGCAACAAGUUUCAGCCAUUCUCAGCC